AUGUAUAUAAUAGCGUUUUACCUCAGUCUUCUCUGUAAAGUGGCUGGUGGGUUAGAAUACAGUGGACCUGCAAUUACUUUGAAGGAUGCUUUAUCAUCUGUGGAAUACGCUGGCAUUCCGCUCAUCUCCGAAACUUCUGUCUUUAUCGAAUUUUAUGGAAAUUCCCUGCAGGGUCGACUGUUUUACGCAGAGAACGCUACAAUGGGGACUUUUAUCUCACUUAAAAUAAACCGCCCUGGCACACUAAGAUUUGAGAUGAAAUUGACUGCCACCAACAGAAGUCAUCAAUUCAUCAUCCUUAGUGCUCCUUUAGACCGCACCACUAAUCGAUGGCAUAGCGCCGACCUGCGCAUUUCCUUAAAGAAGAAAGUGGUCAUACUGUUCGUCGAUGGCAAGAAUGCCUAUCCAAUUCAUAUUGAUGAUGUUGUGGCCAACGCUGCAAGGUACUCCUUUGGUCCUUACCUGCACGUGGGCCGUUUGCCACCGAAUCUUCAGGCAGAUGCAAGCAAAGUAGUUCACUUUACAGCUGCUAUGGAGUCCGCAUUUGUGGGGAACCUUAGGAAUAUCUUCGCUAACGGCAAAGCACUUUUACCUCUAAAGGUUCUUAAUGGGGCUGAAAUUGCCCCUGGACUAUCAUAUUGCUAUCGGUUGAGACGGGAGGCCGGUAAAAUUGGCGGCAGCCACUGGUUUUGUCCACGAAACUCAAACUGCAUAGACGGACUCGACGGUUCUAAAUGUGGAUGUUAUAAUGACAAGCAGAAACUAGACACUUGUCAAUUUCGUAAGGCACCUACCUUUUAUAACUUUCCAAGUGAUUUUUAG